GCCGAGCAACGGCCGCCGGCCCUUCCUUCCUCCGGCCCCAGCAGCCGUUCCGGCGCUUCCCGCUCACUCGGGCGCCUGCAGCUGCGGCCGGAGCGGUCCUCGAGGGGUUGAAGCUGGCAGAGGUACGUGCAGGGCGGCAGGCCCGCAGGGUGAGGCGGACCUAGGAAGGAGAGCAGUGCAGGGGGCUCUGCCAGGCCCCCGGCCUUUGAAAACUCUUAGCACUUCUGCUCACUCAGACACAGCGUGCACCUGCUCAGCCUUACCCCCCUGUGCCUGCGAAUCAGGGAACUUGCUUUUAUUGCAGGUAGCUGAACUACAGCCCACACCCACUGCACAUAAAGGACCAUGUGGUGUAGGGCAGAUGGGAUGAAGCUGGAUUGGCAGGCAUCCUUCCUGACCUUGCAGUACUGGACAGAAAUGACACCUAAAGGAAUGAUUAGAAUGGUUCUUUGUGAAACAGAAUCCCAGUGCAGGCAGCUCGCAGACCCACAUUAUGGUCUGUGGCCCUGAGGGUUUGAUGUACAAAACACCUACCAGUCAGUCUGCUGAGUUUAGCUAUACAGAGCCGGUCCACUGUAACACUGCAAGCAAACAGUUCCAAUGCCUAACCAUUAAGAAUCAUAUUCCCACAAAAUCUGCCUCCAACAGGUAUAAAGACAAGCAACUGUGACACAGAAACAGCUGGUAGCAGCCACGGCAGACCUGGAGCCCUGGCAGAGGGCUCCAUGGGAACGUUGAGGUCACAGCUGCAGCCCUCAUUCCGAGGGGAACAUUUGCAAUAAUAGUUGGUGGAUGUUGGAUGCCAGCACACUCACAGGCAGCUGCAGCCAUUUCCACUCUGUGGAUGUCUGCAAACACAUGGGUGGAUUUUCAGGCUAUUAAAGAAAGGGCCAAAAAUGCAGAGCGCGGGGAACUCAGGCAAAACUCUACUAAAUGAUGAGGUAACUGCUCUCUUAUUGCUUUCUUUGUGCUUAAUUACCUGGAAGUUUGAAGCUCACGUUUGUUACAUCCAGGCUUGCUAGUAAGAUGGAAAUAAUGGCAGAUGGUGAUGCAAGUGAAACUUUGAAGCCUUUGGUGUUCCGUCUCCAUGAAAAUGCCCCUGCAAUAAUCCGUGAGGUUUUACUGGAACGUGGUUGGACUGAAUUUGACCAAAAGGAGCAAGAUGACACAGACUGGAACUUGUACUGGCGGAACUCACCUUUUCCUAUGACAGACCACCACAGUAUUAAACCAUGGCAGAGACUCAACCACUACCCAGAAGCUGUCAGGAUCACCAGAAAAGACUAUUUGGCAAGGCAUCUGAAACGUAUGAAAGGAGCAUAUGGAUCAGCACUGUAUGAAUUUAGUCCAGUGGCAUUCAUCAUGCCCAACGACUAUGUCAAAUUCAUAGCAGAAUACAGCAAAGAGAGACAGUCAGUAGGCAGACCUAGUUACUGGAUUUGCAAACCUGUGCACCUCUCCCGCGGAAGGGGCAUACUCAUUUUCCAAGACGUUAAAGAUUUGGUGUAUCACUGUACAGUCAUUGUGCAGAAGUACAUUAGCAACCCCUUGCUCAUUUCAGGAUAUAAAUUGGAUCUUCGCCUCUAUGUGUGUGUCACCAGUUUUUGCCCACUCACCAUUUACACUUACGAAGAGGGACUGGUGAGGUUUGCCACUGAAAAGUUUGACCUCAGUUCCCUAGACAAUGUCUACGCCCACCUAACAAACACCAGCAUAAACAAAUAUGGAGCUUCAUAUAAAACGUAUAAAGAAGGGAUUGGCUGUGGUUGCAAGUGGACAUUCAGCAAAUUCCGUUCUUACCUUCGAAUUUUUGGGGUCGAUGACAUGCUACUGUGGCAAAAGAUGAAUAACAUCGUGAUUCUCACCCUGCUUGCUAUCACUCCCUUACCAGAGGCUUCCAAUUGCUUUGAGCUCUUUGGCUUUGACAUCCUGAUUGAUGACAAGUUCAAGCCAUGGCUUUUAGAAGUGAACUACAAUCCAGCUUUGUGUUUAGACUGCUCCAUUGAUGACACUGUGAAAAGAAAACUUCUUCAUGAUAUUGUUGAACUGCUUAACUACAAGCAGGUUGACACUCACAGGCAGAAUGAAAUGUCUGGGUCAAAAGCUGUUAGAAGGCAGGUACCCUGGAGAAGAACAGGUAAAAGCACCCCAGAAGAGGCUCCUGGCUUACUUUCUGGUCGAAAAGUAUCUACUUGUAUUUCUGCUUCUCAAACACCACCUGCCCUGCAGUUUGCAAGAGGAUCAGUUAAUAAGGUGUCUGCCCUGACCAGGAAAACCGCCAGAGCACAUCCAAGGAAAACCUUGACUUCCGAGCUGCGGGAAAAGAUGAACAUGCCAAAAGCAUCCUCCCCAGUCAAAACUGAAGCUAGAAACAAACAACUCCCAGCUGUGCAUUCUCCACUCAUUUCUGCCCAACUCAGCCGGUGGUCACCUUCACCUGAAGUCUGCAACUACAAGUUAAGCACACGCCCCUAUUUCCUCUCUGAUAAAAACCAGAUGCCUACUCGCCAGGUAGGAGGUUUUGUGCUUAUUUUUCCUUUCAAUGAAGCCGCGCUUCAAGCUUCCAAGGACGGCACAGAUGUAAAGAGCAUCAUAAAGGAAAUAAACAAAUUAGUGAGCAAACAAAAUAGCACAAGACAAAAAAAGGCACAGACUGUUUAACUUCAUAUGUAUAACUUCACAAUGUUAAGUCAUACAGACAUCAUGAAUGACACCUUUAGCUUGAAGGACGUAGGCAUGUACUGAAGUUGUAUUAGAAAGAAAUAUUUCAAAGCAUACACAACAUAAAAAUUGUAAUUUAGCAAUUACCAUGAGAGAGUAUUUUUGAAAAUGAAAAUGCUGAAUAACUCUUAAAGGUAAUCUCAAAAUAAAAAUGGAGAAUUGCAUUUCUCAAACCAUCCUCAGAAA